AUGGCUACUGACGAGGGCUUCAAGCCAAACCUCGAACGAGCCCUAAGCUCUAGCACCGCGAAGCCGGCGUGGUUCAUGUUUCAAAAAAUUGACGAUUUGUGUCAGUUCGACGUUUGGAUCAUCGGAGUGGAGUUUGCGGAUCGCAUCGUUUCCACUGCUCGAUCUCACCGCCACCCCAAGCUCUGGACACUGGACUCAUCCAAAUUCAAUAUUAUCCAGUCGGUAGCUUGGAUUAGUUGGCUCGACGUUGUCAUCUUGACUGCUGCCAACGAGUCGGGUGCUCCCGAAUGCCAUGCAGAACCCAGCAGCCUUUGGGUCGCCGAGCGAGGUGAAUCACUUGAACAUUGCAAAUUCGUUAUUAACUCCCCCGACUGGUUUUGCUACUUUGAUGAUCGGACUCCCUUCCGAGCACAGUGA